AUGACAAAUAAUAUUUGCCAUAACCUUCUUUAUCUUGUUUCCUUUAGUUUGUCACUUUUCUUGUUAUGGCUAAGGAAUACAAGUGCCACUUCCCUUGGCCACCAACUGGUGGCAGCGGGAGGAGGAGAUGGGAAUUAUAAGUGCAUCGAUAAGGAGAGGCAUACUCUUCUUCAUUUCAAAGCACACGUUCAUCAAGACUUCUAUGGCCUUCUUUCUACAUGGGCUACUAAAGAAGAAGCAACCAAUGAUUGUUGUAAAUGGAGUGGAGUCACGUGCAACAACCAAACCGGUCAUGUCACAAGUCUUGAUUUGUUCAGUGGAGAUCUUGAAGGUGAGCUUAGCCCUUCAUUGCUUAACUUAAGCUACUUGAAUCAUCUUGACCUUUCCGGCAAUCAAUUUGAAGGAACCAUUCCACAUUUCAUCGGUUCCUUGACCAAAUUAAGGUACCUUGACAUUUCUUGGAAUGAUUUUAGUGGAAGCAUUCCCAUUUUUGUCGGUUCCAUGACUCGGUUGAGGUACCUUCGUCUUUCCGACAAUCAAUUUGAAGGAACCAUUCCACAUUUCAUCGGUUCCUUGACCAAAUUAAGGUACCUUGACAUUUCUUGGAAUUAUUUUAGUGGAAACAUUCCCAUGUUUAUCAGUUCCAUGACUCAGUUGAGGUACCUUCGUCUUUCGUCCAAUUCCUUUAAUGGAACCAUUCCCUUGUUUAUUGGUUCCAUGACUCAAUUAAGGCAUCUUGACCUGUCGGACAAUUAUUUUCAUGGAACCAUUCCCUUGUUCAUUGGUUCCAUGAUUCAAUUAAGGCACCUUGACCUUUCGUACAAUUUUUUUAAUGGGACCGUCCCUCUAGAAUUUGGAAACAUGACCAACUUGCAAAAUCUUUAUCUUGGAUACCUUGGAGGAUGUGCAAUUAAAAGCUUAGAUUGGUUGUCUCGUCUGCCACAAUUAGGGAAACUUGAUAUGUCAGGUAUUUCCCUAGCCAAAGAAAAUCACUGGGUAAAUGUGAUUUUGAGCCUUCAUAACUUGUCGUAUUUAAAAUUAAGGGGAUGUGGUCUUUCACAUGUCAUGCGUCCAUUUUAUUCAUCUGUAAACUCUUCUUCAUCAUCUAUUGUUAGUCUGCAUAUUGGGAACAACAAUCUUAACUCAUCCUUGUAUCAUUGGUUGUUCGAGUUAACUAGCAAUAGACUUUUAAAUCUUGAUCUCUCUCGCAACAAGUUAGAUGGGAUUCCUAGAUAUCUUGGAAAUCUUUGUAGUUUGACAUCUUUAGAUUUUAGAAACAACCAUAUAGCUUUCAAAUUUCCUGAUUUUCUAUACAACUUGUCUGGAUGCACAUCGGUUACAUUACAACAGUUGUAUGUUGGCGGUAACCAAUUCACAGGGUCAUUGCCUGACGAUAUUCAAAACUUUCCAUCACUGGUGUCAUUAGACCUUUCUAAUAACCAGCUAAACGAAACUAUAAGCGAAAAAGUGUGGGAACUACCCAAACUUCAAUAUCUAGACUUUUCUUCCAAUUUUCUUAGAUGUGUCAUCUCUGAAAACAUCGAAAAGUCAAAGAUUAUGAGUUUACGAUUUUCAAACAACUCUCUUGAAGGGUAUCCUUCUGAUGAUUAUAUGUCAAACCUUUCUUAUAUAGAGUCCGUUUAUCUAAGCUCUUGCAAGCUUGGGCCUAAGUUCCCCAAAUGGAUUCCGAAAUUAAAAAAACUUUCAUAUCUUGAUAUUUCCAAUACGAGCAUUUCAGACACAAUUCCUCAAGAGUUUUGGAACAUGAGGCCUUCUCAUUUGAGGUAUUUUGAUAUCUCUUCAAACAAUAUUACUGGGAAAGUAACAAAUUUGUUAUCAAAUUUUGAUUCUGAACCUGUAGGAAUAAAUUUGAGUUCCAAUAACUUUUAUGGUCCUAUAGGAAAUGUUCCUUCCACUUUGACGACGCUGGACCUUUCGAAAAACAAAUUCUAUGGAGAAAUCUCCUUUUUGUGCCAGAUUGUUGAUGGAUAUUUAUCCUUCCUUGAUCUCUCACAGAACUCAUUCAUAGGCAAAAUUCCAGACUGUUUGUGGCAUUUCACAUACAGUUCUUAA